AUGUUAGCUCUAGACGAAAUAUUGUUAACUUUCAGUACUAUUUAUUAUAGAACGAUUGGUGGCGUAGAGAAAAUCCAUUACCCAAACACAAUUUCUGUAGGCAAUUUUAUGACGAACGCCGUUAAUUUUAUUCAACGCUAA